AACCAAUUUAUUUGAGCAUAAGCUUUCGUGAGCUACAGCUGUAGCUCACGAAAGCUUAUGCUCAAAUAAAUUGGUUAGUCUCUAAGGUGCCACAAGUCCUCCUUUUCUUUUCACCCAUCUUAUGUUCAGGGACCAAUUCCCGUUCGCCCCUCAGAACGAAGUCCGAUACCGAGCGACGCAAGGUCUGUUAUGGCCCAGCACGGGGACUUUUGAGAGCAACCACCCAUCACAAGCAAAGAUAUGUGCAUGCUGCUGUCCUGUGUGCACCUGAUUCGCCGACCUCUCCAGUGCAUCCAGCCUUUGCUUGUCUUGCCUUCACGCUCCUUCAUGGAUCUAAAAGCUCUAGUUUCCUCCUUGAAUGACUUUGCUUCACUCUCUCUGGCUGAAAGCUGGGACAAUGUAGGACUACUGGUAGAACCGAGCCCACCCCAUACUGUGAGCACACUCUUCCUAACUAAUGACCUUACAGAGGAAGUAAUGCAGGAGGCAUUGCAGAGGAAGGCAGAUCUUAUCCUCUCUUACCACCCACCCAUAUUCCGAGCACUCAAGCGCAUUACAUGGAAAACCUGGAAAGAGCGUCUUGUGAUCCAGGCUUUGGAACACAGAGUUGGCAUUUACUCUCCACACACAGCAUAUGAUGCCAUACCUCAUGGAGUCAAUAACUGGCUCGCCAAAGGACUUGGUGCCUGUACCACUGUCCCACUACAGCCGUCAAUGGCUCCCAGCUACCCAACUGAGGGCACUCACCGGGUGGAAUUCAGUGUGGACCAUAUUGAGCACCUGGAGACAAUCCUAUCUAGCAUGCGAGGGAUCCCAGAGAUUUCAUCUCUCAUUACUCUCCCUGCCAGGGCUGAAGGUGAGGAGCAGACACGAGUCAGUUUGAACUGCACCCAGAAGGCGCUGCUGGAGGUGGUGGCAUUAUUGUCACGGAACAGCCUUCUUUAUCACAAGACUGAAAUAAUGUUAUUACAGAAGCCUCUGCUUCCACAUACUGGAAUGGGACGCCUAUGCACGCUGAGUGAGCCAGUCUCCCUGUCAGCCUUGACUGAACGAAUCAAAAGCCAUCUAAGGCUGCCUUACAUACGCCUGGCCCUGGGAACGGGGAAGACAUUAGAAACCAAAGUGAAGGUGGCUGCUCUGUGUGCUGGCUCUGGGAGCAGCGUCCUGCAGGGUGUGGAAGCCGACCUCUAUCUCACUGGAGAGAUGUCCCACCAUGAAGUACUGGAUGCUGUUGCCAAAGGGAUAAGUGUGAUUCUGUGUGAGCACAGUAACACUGAGCGAGGCUUUCUGUCAGAGUUGCGAGAUAUGCUGGCUACACACUUAGAGAAUAAGAUCACUGUCAUUGUGUCAGAGAGAGACAGAGACCCUCUUCAGGUGAUAUAGAAGAAAGCAAGGGUCACAGCAUGGAGUCCAGAGUGUGCACUUGCAUUGUCGGUGUGGGGGACAAACUUGAUUAAGAUGCUCUGAACUAGUGCAGUCCAGAAUAACUGUACAAUACAUUCCCCAAAGUGUAGGAGAGGUAAAAUCUCUCUCAGGUAAGAAUGUUAAUUUUGGACUGACACACUAUUUCCUGAAGAUUACUUCUUGCUGCACUCAGCAGGGAUGGGAUCAUGAGAAUGUAACUAAGUAAUCCAGAAAGAACAAUAUAGAUUGAUGACAUCAA